AUGGAGGCGGUGGCCACGGCGGCGGCGGCGAGGGAACCCGAGGAAGUGAGUGAGCACCCAGUCCCUUCCACCCUCUCUCCCUCCCUCCACUCCCACCCCUGGACUAACAGAUCUCCCCCUCUCCCCACAGGCUGCACAGAGCCCAGUCCUGGGCACUGGGGGGAGCUGAGCUGGACGCCAGUCCCAUCCAAACCCCAGGACAAGGUGGAAGCAGCAGAGGGAGUGCCCAGGGCCCUGGACGAUGACCCCCCUGGGGCCGAGAACCCAGCGGUGAAUGCCAUGCUGCGCGCCGUGGCUGCUAGCCGCCUGCCCGUGUGCAGCCAGCAGCAGGGCGAGCCUGACCUGACCGAGCGGGAGAAGGUAGCCAUCCUGAGCCAGCUGUACCACGAGAAGCCGCUGGUGUUCCUGGAGCGUUUCCGCACAGGCCUCCGUGAGGAGCACCUGGCCUGCUUUGGCCACUUGCGUGGUGACCACCGAGCAGACUUCUACUGUGCUGAGGUGGCCCGGCAGGGCACUGCCCGACCCCGCACUCUACGCACCCGCCUGCGUAACCGGCGCUAUGCUGCCCUGCGUGAGCUCAUCCAAGGGGGCGAGUACUUCAGCGACGAGCAGAUGCGGUUCCGGGCCCCGCUGCUAUACGAGCAGUAUAUCGGGCAGUACCUAACACAGGAGGAGCUCAGCGCCCGCGCCCCGACCCACCAGCCGCCCAAGCCGGGCUCCCCCGGCACACCCGCCUGCCCGCUCUCCGACCUGCUGCUCCAGUCCUACCAGGAGCGGGAGCUGCAGCAGCGGCUGCUCCAGCAGCAGGAGGAGGAGGAGGCCUGCUUGGAGGAGGAGGAAGAGGAGGAGGACAGUGACGAGGAAGAUCAGAGGCCUGGCAAAGACUCAGAGGCCUGGGUCCCCGACUCGGAAGAGAGGCUGAUCCUGCGGGAAGAGUUCACCAGCCGGAUGCACCAGCGCUUCCUGGAUGGGAAGGACGGGGACUUUGACUACAGCACCGUGGAUGACAACCCCGACUUUGACAACCUGGACAUUGUGGCUCGGGAUGAGGAGGAGAGGUACUUCGACGAAGAGGAGCCCGAGGACGCGCCCAGCCCUGAGCUGGACGGGGACUGAUGGCCACCUGCCUCGCCCCACCCCAACAAGACAGCUUGAUGACAGGCCAGCUCAGUGACUUCUCCAGGGGGACCAGGGCAGUGGCCCCACACCACCAGCCUCACCACCAGACCUCUCUGGGUCUGCUCCCAUCUCAGACAGCCCCUCCCCUCUAUGUCAGUUCCCUACCUCCCUCCUCGCUCUCCUUUUCCUUCCCCUCCCUAAACCCUACCU